UAAAUCAAAGGCGGCUAUGAAAAUUUUAAAUCUAAUGUCAAUAUAUUGGUCUUCAUAACCUACACAACACACAAACAAAUUAACACCGUCAAAUGGGCCAAAACCAGUCGUUUUCGGGCGCUGGCGAAAAGAAAAAGGACAAGGAGAAAAAGAAAUUCGAGCCGCCAAUUCCGACACGCGUUGGCAAAAAGAAGCGACGAAUUAAGGGGCCGGACACUGCCCUUAAACUACCGGCCGUCACGCCCCACACGAGAUGCCGCCUAAAAUUGCUUAAACUUGAAAGGAUCAAGGAUUAUGCCCUGAUGGAGGAACAGUUCAUUCAGAACCAGGAACGGUUUAAGCCUCAGGAAGAGAAGAACGAGGAAGAAAGAGUGAAGGUGGACGAUCUUAGGGGUACGCCCAUGUCUGUGGGUACUUUAGAGGAGAUCAUUGAUGACAGUCACGCUAUUAUAUCCACUUCGGUGGGCAGUGAACAUUACGUAAGUAUUCUAUCGUUCGUCGACAAGGAUCAGUUGGAACCCGGUUGCUCGGUACUGUUGAACCAUAAGGUUCACGCCGUUGUGGGCGUCCUCGGGGAUGAUGUAGAUCCGAUGGUUACUGUUAUGAAGUUAGAGAAGGCGCCGCAGGAAACGUACGCCGACAUUGGAGGUUUGGACCCGCAAAUACAAGAAAUUAAGGAGUCCGUGGAACUCCCAUUGACUCACCCCGAGUAUUACGAGGAAAUGGGCAUCAAGCCCCCUAAAGGUGUUAUUUUAUAUGGGCCACCAGGCACUGGAAAAACACUUCUGGCUAAAGCAGUUGCGAAUCAGACGUCCGCCACGUUCCUUAGAGUAGUCGGCUCGGAAUUGAUUCAAAAGUACCUCGGUGAUGGACCCAAAUUGGUCAGGGAAUUGUUCAGGGUUGCUGAAGAGCACGCACCCUCCAUUGUGUUCAUUGACGAGAUCGAUGCUGUCGGAACGAAACGUUACGACUCAAAUUCAGGCGGGGAAAGAGAAAUUCAGAGGACUAUGUUGGAGCUACUCAAUCAGUUAGACGGUUUUGACUCGAGAGGAGACGUGAAGGUAAUAAUGGCUACGAACAGAAUCGACUCCCUAGAUCCCGCCUUGAUUCGUCCUGGUCGCAUCGAUAGGAAGAUUGAGUUUCCAUUGCCUGAUGAUAAAACCAAGAAGAGAAUUUUUAUGAUACACACCUCUAGGAUGACUUUGGCCGAUGAUGUUAAUUUAAACGAACUAAUCAUGUCCAAGGACGAUCUUUCAGGAGCUGAUAUCAAAGCUAUUUGUACUGAAGCAGGCCUUUUGGCUUUAAGAGAACGCAGGAUGAAGGUGAUCAAUGAAGAUUUUAAGAAAUCGAAGGAAAAUGUGUUGUACAGGAAAAAUGAAGGUUCUCCUGAAGGACUUUAUCUGUAAUUACAUAUUAAAAAAAGAAUAAACUAUUUUUGGAACACAUAAAACAUCCAUUCAUUUAUUUAAAUUAGUUGUUAAAAUCUAGCUCUGGCAAUCAGUCAUAAAAAUGUAUAAAAAUACAUGAACAACUAAUUUACAUUUUAAAUACUUACGAUUAGCAUUAUUUAUCAGCAACGAUUACAAUUUACGAUGUUUUAUUUUUAAGAGCAUCAUUAAAUUAAAACAGUAAAUAAAACUCUAAUUAAAUCGGUGAACUUAUUUAUUGUCUCAACAAUUACAUAAAUUCUUAUAUAGACUAGAGACAACUAGAACAAUAUUCAACAUACAAAAGUGUCAAUAAAAUAAAUAAUACACUUUUUUAUGAGAUUCACUUGAUAAAGAGAGCACUUGUGUGCAACCUCAAAACAUUGUAAAAAACCCACGUGUAAUUUAAAAUUUUGGUCCCUAUCUGUUUUAAUGGUAUGAAGUUUUAUGAAAUUGUAUAAAUUUAUAAAAAUAACUUUUUCAAUUCUUUUUUCCAUACAAAUCUUAUUUACCCAGAUUGGAAUAGGUUAACAAUAAAUAAAUAAUUUUCUAAACAAUACUAAAAAGAACUGAAAGUAUACAUUGUUGAAAGGAAAUAGUGCGUACUGGCAGUUGAUUAUACAA